AUGGCCACGACUGAGCAGAAAACCACCUUCGACGCAAGUUCCGCUCACAUCGAGAUGGGGACUGUUAGCGAGAAGCUCGAUCCUGAAGGCCUGGCAGAGGACAGUGUCAACCAAGAGCGCUGGAACGCUGUUGAGAAGCGCCUAGUCCGAAAGCUGGACUUGACUCUCAUGCCAAUGGUUUGGCUUCUUUACUUGUUCAAUUAUCUGGACCGUAACAAUAUCGCUCAGGCAAGACUCGACAGCUUCGAGGCCGAUCUUGGAUUGGUCGGCAAUCAGUUCAACAUUGCGGUAUCCAUCCUUAACGUCGGCUACAUGCUGAUGCAGGUUCCAAGCAAUAUGAUUCUUACGAGGGUCCGGCCCUCCAUCUAUAUCUCCACAUGGGUGCUGGUUUGGUCUGUUGUCUCUGCGAGUACUGCGGCUGCGCAGAACUAUUCUCAGCUCAUCGCCAUUCGUUUCUUCUUGGGUAUCGUCGAAGCGCCCUUCUUCCCGGGAGCUAUGUUUCUGCUGAGCAGUUGGUAUCCUCGAAGACAACUUGCCCUCCGUACCGCGGUACUAUACUCCGGCCUAAUCCUCGCGACUGCUUUUUCAGGACUGAUCGCUGCCGGGAUCUUCGAAGGGCUUGACGGCGUUCAUGGUUUACCCGGCUGGAGGUGGCUCUUUAUCAUCGAAGGCGCUGCUAGUUUCUUUGUGGGCCUCCUCGGUCUUGUCUUCCUCCCUGACUUCCCCAUGGGCAAGACAGGCCUAGCCAGGUGGUUUUUGACCGAAGACGAACAAAAGGUUGCUGUUGAGCGCAUGGCCAGAGAUCGAGUGUCACAACCCGAGGCCGAGAAUAGCAUUUGGGUUGGAUUGAAGCUCGCUGUGACGGACAUCCGAACUUGGGUUUUUGUCGUUAUGCUUCUCGCAAAUCAUAGUGCUUACGGCUUCAUCAAUUUCUUCCCGACAAUUGUCAAAGGCUAUAACCUAGGCAACAACACUCUCACCCUGGUUCUAACCUCACCACCUUACCUAGCUGCAGCCGUCGCCGCCUUCCUUACCGCAUACUCUAGCGACCGUUGGAGGGAGAGAGGGUUCCAUAUCUCUAUCCCCCAGGCUGUGGCUUGCAUCGGAUUUAUCAUCUCGGCGGCCACAUUGGACAACGCCGCGCGCUAUGGGGCUGCAUUCCUCUACAUCGGUGGCUGCUUCUCAUCCAAUGCCAUGGUAUUUAGCUGGGCGAGCGCUACCCUGAAUCAAACUCCAGAGAAGCGUGCAGCCGCCACAGCGAUCAUCAAUGUCAUCAGCCAGCUGGGAAAUAUCUACAGCCCAUAUUUCUUCCCUUCGACAGACGGUCCAAGGUAUCUAAAAGCAAUGCUUCUUAUGAUGUCGUUUUCGCUCCUGUCUAUUGUUACUUGCGCGAUCAUGAAGGUUCUGUUGAAGAAGACAAAUAAGAAGUUGCUUGAAGAAGGAGGAAGUAACGUGAAUCUCUUUGGUUUAUGA